AUGGCCUCUUUUCCUCCCGGUCUGGAGACUCCGCUCCUCAAAGUCAGUCGCCCUGUGGCAGCAUGCUCGAGGUGCCGCACAGCCAAAAUAAAAUGCGACGGCAAACUUCCUGCCUGCUCUGCUUGCGAACGGGCCGGGAAAGCGUCUACUUGCCCUGGGGCUACUGAUGAAUUCGCUAAGGGAAAAGAACGAAGCUAUGUGGCCGCUCUUGAGGGCCAAUGCGAACGGCUUGAGAAAGAAAUCGCCGAGGCGAAGCGGCGUCGGCAGAAUGCCAUCAUAGAGGGAGCCGCGAUCGAGCCGAGCUAUACCGGCCAGCCGGUAUCGCCUGGAGGCGGGACGAAAACCCAUCGCGAAGAAGCAUGCGAUAUCGAUGACUUAGUGGGAGAUUUUGGCUUCCUUUCAGUUAACGCGACAUCGAGAGAUUUUUAUGGCAUCACAUCCUCGACAUCAUUUGCCGGGCUGCUUUUAACAGUAGCUGUGGCAAAACCUCUGCAGAAUGUAGGGGUAAAUAGGGGCCUUCCGGCCCGGCCCCUAUCUACUACUCUCAUUCAACAUUACCUUGACAAUAUCUAUGUUCUGUCUCCCUUCUUUAUACAGACCAACUUUUGGGCGUCCUUCGAUGCCGUGUAUCAAGAAGGAGGCCGUUUCGCGAAAAGUUUUGAUUAUUGGAUUGUACACAUGGUUCUGGCAAUCUCUCAGGCUUCAACCUCACAUUCUGAAUUAGCAAGGCAUCACGUUUCGAUUGCACUAGGAUACGCUAAUGAUGUUCUUCAUCCCGGGUCCAUCGUUGGUAUCCAAGCUAUUUUAUUACUGGCACAGUACUCAAUGCUUGAUCCAGAGCACUUCAGAACUUGGCACCUGGUUGGCAGUGCUGCUAGAGUCGUAUCUGAUUUGGGUGUUCACCAAGAGCAACUCUCAGAGACAUACCUGAAUAAAACAACCUUAGAUCUUCGUCAGAGGGUUUUCCAUUGCGUACAUUCUUUUGACCGAUAUGUAAGCGUCGCACUUGGGCUAGCAUUUUCGUUUUCAGAUGACUCGACGAAUGUUCCUCUCCCAGGAGUUCCACUGCAGCCAAUUGAGGGGACACUAAGCUGGACCGCGACCCUAUUCGCCAACAGCAUCGAACCAGCUAUAUAUUUGUUCAAAAUCCGCAGUAUCCAAUCAAAGGCAUAUCAAACCAUGUUUUUUAGCGGGCGGAAUCCAGCCCCAGAGCCCGCCUCGUACACAUGGGAACUCUGCGCGGAGGCUCAAACCUGGUUUAAUGCAAUACCGAGAACCUUGCCAGGCCAUCUCAUCGUCUUCUACAACGUCGAGCUUUUCUACACCUUUGUGAUCCUCCUCUCCCCAUCAAAUUAUAACCCGAACGUAACUACACUGCACCGGAUUCUGUUAUUCGAAUAUGCCGCCAAAUUCAUCUCACAAAUACACCAAAUCAUCAGCGCUACCAGCUGGUCGCUGUUUUUCUCUUACAUCGACAUCCAACGCGUCUACACAGUAGCUAGCAAGUUCAUAGACGCCCUCGACCAAGCGUACGAUGAAAUCCUGCAAGACACUGAACCAUCCGCGUCCGUACCGCCAGGAACACACCAACCGCCAUACGUAUCCCCAGCGGAGCGAGUUGAUUCCGCUAGGCGGGCACUGAAAUGUCUACAGAGCAUUUGCUCCAUUUUAGAAUACGCCCACAAUCGAUGGAAAAUGAGAGGUUUACUGGAUGAGUUCCAGCGAAGUUCUGUGCAUUUAGAGAAAAGACUGAGGCAAAGUCUCGCUCAGUGGGCCCAGCACCAUGUUGAUUUGGUUCCCGUUAUGCCUCCCGUUUCCUUCCCUACACAAAUGUAUGCGAUGCACCCCGUGCAACCACAAUAUAUUCAGCAACCACAACCCCACCAGCAGCAGCAACAUAACCCAUUAGCGCAUACGCAGAAUGGGUAUCUUAGAAGUUGA